AUGUCGCAGUACCUGCGGCACACGCCGGACGUGCUGGAGAGCGCGUGCCGCGAGCUGUCCAAGUUCCUCGACGUCCAGGAGUACUGGUGGCCGCUGUUCGUGAACCUACCAACAUCAUCGCAGGCCAGGAGGCUCGCGCUGGUCGAUGCCGUGUUUGAGCGCGUCAGGGAUCCAGAUUACGACGUCGCUGCGUUUCAGGCGGAGUAUGCCGCGUCUCACUCGGAGGACCUUGACGAGGGCGUCGCCGAUAUCCUCCGCGCGUGGCUCGAUGUCGCCGCGGCGGCCCCGGCCGGGGGGGGGGGCGAGGAAUAUCCACGGGAUGUGAAUGUGAUGUGGCAUGGCGGAGCCGAGGCGGAAGAACAAGAAAUCUAUCACAAGAGGGCAAUUGCGUGCCUAGACAGCGAACGGGGAAAGACAACAACAUUCCCUAUUCCUACGUAUCGCACGCUGGGAGCUGUCUUACCGGAGACUGCCCCCAUCACUGUGAAUAAAUUCUGUGUUACCCCUCCUGUAGCUGCCAUCUAUCAGUUGGCUAGCAACCUAUAUCUACCGGUGGCCUCUCUGGGAACCCUAACAGACGCAAUAUCGGCAUAA